AUGGAUUUCGAGUUAAUUAGCUCACGAACAGCCUUUGCCCUUUCCAUAUCCUGGUUUCUUAUGAGGGUCGGUGUUAUCAUCAUAACUCCGCUGAUGCUGCAGUAUUCCUGUGACGAUAACGUGAUGCUCUUCCUCCAAAUAGUUUUCUACUCAACGAUUAUCUCUGUGUUUUUUCAAAUCAUUUAUUUUGCCUUCAAAUUCACAAUUCGGCACUCAAAACUUACCGCGAGGUGUACAAAUCGAGCAACUCUGGUGCAGAUUUUAUAUAUUGCUUGUGAUUAUUUGGUCUAUGGAUUGUUUAGACUUAUUAUUUUUAUUUUAGGAGCGGUGUGACUUUUGCAAUCAGAUGACUGUGACAGUGAGGUGUCUAUCUAUACUUCUGUUGUAAUAUUAGGGUAUUUUGGGACAUGUUGGGUUUUGUGCUGGGCUGGGUGUUUGUCUGCAUUUGUUGCUUGGUGGGAUGCACAAACUCUAUAA